AUGGCUGAUCGUCCGUGUGCUGAAAACAUGCUCCGCAUCGCCGGAGCCGUAGUCCUGCCCAAUCUGGGCGGGAUCUACAAUGGGUGGCUGACCAGGCAGCACAUCCAGAACUGGUAUGCCCACCUCAAGUUCCCGUCCUUCAAGCCCCCCAACUGGGUGUUUGCUCCGGUGUGGACCUCCCUGUACGCCGGCAUGGGCUACGGAUCGUAUUUGGUGUGGCGCGAUGGCGGAGGAUUUGGAGGAGAGGCGGCCAGGCUGCCUCUAAUCGCCUAUGGUACCCAACUAGCCCUUAACUGGGCGUGGUCGCCCAUCUUCUUCGGGCAGCACAACAUCAAGGGCGGGCUUAUUGACAUAGUCGCACUGACGGCCACCGCCGGUUUGUGUGGAGUUCUGUUUUACCGGGUGAACAAAGUCGCCGGACUGCUCUUUGUACCCUAUCUCGCCUGGCUGGGAUUCGCCACUGCUCUGAACUAUGCCGUCUGGAAGCUGAAUCCGGAAAAGAAGCAGGCCCUGGAGGAGGAGGAGAAGCCCUCCGGCAGUCACGCCAAGGCCAAUUAGCCCCCGAAAAGCACUUAAAUCCAAUUAUUUUAUAAGAUAUGUAAAGCCCUUAGAUGUUAUCGAACUAGGGCUGGCCUAGUUGGGUACGAUAUCGAUAAAUCAUAUAUCAAAGUAAGCGGGAAAUUCAAAAUACGUUGUAAACAAGCCAAGAAUUGUUUUUGUUUUUUCAAUUUCUUGUGGAAUUAGACAAUCAGAUAAACAGAAAUUCAUCUCUAACGCCAGAGUACAUUCUGUUCAUAAAUAAUUAAGUUGAUAUUAAUUGUAUCUAUAGAAAUUUGAAGAUUUUUGCAUAUUUUCCGAGGAAGACAUGCUGGAAUUAUUUUUAUUUCUUACUAAUUUUCAUCUGAAGUGAUAUAUGAUAAUGCUGUUACUUAAUGAUGGUCGAUUAAAUCGACUAAAAUAAAAGAAUUAAAUUUGUUGAUAACCAAGUUAA